UUCGUGCGUGUAAUGUGUCAGUGGUAAAAUAAACAAAAACUCGUCAUAAUAAGUAAUGCAGUAACUUUAUCCUCUACAAAAUCGAACUUCCAAUUGAUUAAACAAAAUUUAGUGAUGGAGAAUGAUACUGACGAUCUUAACAAUACCGAAUUUACGGAAUUCGAACUACUACAAAGCCUGAUUCAGCAAGGCGACGCACCAUCUCUGAAACAGCAAUUGCUUAAAUCGGCUUCGGGUGUUGAAUGCAAAGAUGACACCGGUAAUACACCCUUGCUUCAGGCCGCUUAUUUGGGAAAAUCCAAUUGUAUGCAGUUAUUGUUGGAAAUCGGCCAAGCAAAUUGCAAAGUUAUCAACGUACACGGACAAAACGCAUUAACCUUGGCAUCGUAUGCUGGAUGCAUUGAAUGUAUCGAAAUACUUUUAGCGAAAUGGACGUACAAGGAUUAUACCGAAUCGAGUUUUUUGCCACCACUUUGUGUAGCUGCAAUGAGAGGACAUUUGAAUGUUGUGAAUCUUUUCUGUCAACUCACACCAUCGCCAAAUGUAAUUCAAUCUGUGCAUGGUAUCACCCCGUUGCAAUUGGCUGAGAAAAACGGAUAUAGCGAUGUCGUUCAACGAUUAUCCGAAGAAAUUGGACUAGAUCUAACGGGCCAAAAUGGAAAACAGCAACGUAGACGUUCUUCAAAUCGCAGCAGACCGUAUUAAGAACUGGUUCAGAUAAGCGAGAAUAAUAAUUAUGUUUAGUAAUAGUUUAGUCCUAUCCGGGCGGGUGAAUGUAAAUAAUGUCUCAGACUUGAUUGUGAUUAUUAAUUGGAAAAUAAAAUGAAUUUGAAUUUUUAAUAAAAUGAAGAAAAAUUGACUAAAUAAAGUGGAUUUAAAAUAAGUUAGACGAA